AUGGCAUUCGAAGCACAGAGACACGCCUUCAAAGCACUCCAGCAGACAUUCGUCGUCGACCAGGACUAUGUCUUUCACAAGGAACUCGGCCAAGGCGCAUACGGCUUGGUCGUUGCGGCAAAGAACAGAAGAACAGGCGAGGGAUGUGCAAUCAAGAAGAUUACAAACAUCGGAACAAAGAAAAUCUUGACAAAGCGUUGUCUUAGAGAGAUCAGGCUGCUUCACCAUUUCCGUGGACACAAGAAUAUUACUUGCUUGUAUGAUAUGGAUAUUGUCUUUGAGCCAAACGGCGUGUUCAACGAGGUUUACCUCUACGAAGAGCUCAUGGAGGCAGACUUGCAUGCCAUUAUUCGAUCAGGUCAACCCCUUUCGGAUGCACAUUUCCAGAGCUUCAUGUACCAGACCCUAUGUGGCUUGAAGUAUAUCCACUCCGCCAAUGUCCUCCACCGUGAUCUCAAGCCCGGAAACAUCUUGCUGAACGCGGACUGCGAGCUCAAGAUUUGCGACUUUGGUCUCGCUCGUGGCUACACUCCUCCAGGCCAGAAUCCUGGUACCGCAUCGUCCAAGGCCGCGGGUAGCGCAGGCUUCAUGACCGAAUACGUCGCCACGAGGUGGUACCGUGCUCCGGAGAUUAUGUUGAGCUUUGCCAACUAUAGCACGUCCAUCGAUAUCUGGUCUGUGGGCUGCAUUCUCGCCGAGUGCCUAGGUGGCAAACCCAUUUUCCGUGGACGAGACUACGUCGAUCAACUCUCCCAAAUUCUCAACUGCCUCGGCACACCAAAGGAGGACGCGUUGAGACGUGUCGGAUCUCCUCGUGCACAAGAUUACAUUCGCUCGCUGCCAAUCAAGCCCCGUGUUCCGUUCCAGCAGCUCUACCCACACGCCAACCCUCUGGCAAUCGAUCUCCUCGGCCAAAUGCUCUGCUUCGACCCCGCACAGCGCAUUUCCUGCGAAGACGCACUCAACCAUCCGUACCUCAGCGUCUGGCACGACCCCAUGGACGAACCCGUUUGCGAAAAGAAAUUCGACUUUGGGUUCGAAGAAGAGGACACGAUUGAGGGCAUGAAGAAGCUCAUCGUCGAAGAAGUGAUGCAGUUCCGUCAAGAAGUUCGCGCACAGAGUCGCGGUGGUGCAGGUGCGAGGAGGCAGGAUACGCUUCCAAUUCCCUCUCGCGAGGAGAUUAUCAACUCGCCAGUCCACGAAAAUGCUCCUGCUGACGGUGGAACGUCUGCCUUUACUCGUUCGGCAGAGAUGAGGAGUGCGAGUCCUAUGAUGGAGGACCCCGCAUCUGAAUUGGACAAGGAACUCGCAAAGGCAGGCAAAUAA